AUGUUGGAAUAUCUGGUUGUGCUUCUGAUCGGCUUCUGGCUUGGUGUCGCCAUCUUUCUGUACGUGUCAUGUUAUUGGCUUGAGGAGAUACUGGAUUUACCAAAGCCACAGGCAGCGCACAGUAACCGGACGAUCGGUGCAAGUGGUGCGCACGCGCAACUGAAACGCCUAGUAGCGAGAGUGGUAGAGGAAGCUGCAGCUCUUCCAGCGCUAGCCAGAUAUGCAGCAGAACCCUCAACACCCACAGAGUCUUCUUACGAAGAUCUUCUAGCUACUGCUAUACUAAACAAGGUCAUAGAACGCUACCAAACGGAGAGCGGAUCCGGCGGUCGCAGCAGCGGGAUCCACUCAGCCAGUGCCAGUCCAUCGCCUUCCGAAAGAUCAUCUCCGCGGUCAUUGGAACUCAACUCACGUAACACAAGGGAAAUUUCACCAUCUGUCAGUGCUAUUCGUGGUGAGGACGAUGUCUCAGAUUGGGAAGAAGGUGAAGCCAACGAUGAUGCCGUGGGACUGCCACGACGCGUACCUUUCCCCGAAUAUGGUGGAGAUAUUGUCCACCCAACAGAAAACAUUGACCGAGACUUCGACGAAGUUUCUGGAAGUGACAUCCAAGCAAUCGAUGGUUCGUGGGAGGAGAACUGGCUUUUCCAAAAGAAGAAAAUCAAAAACAUUCAAUCAGUUCCGGUUCCUAUGCUAGUCCCAAACUCUAAUACAGAGUACAGAGUUUUAAUUGGCGACAGGGAUGCCGACGAUACAACAGACCUUUCUGAUAAUGCAAGUGAUAAUGAAGAGAACGAAACAUAUCAGAGUGAUAUAAAAAAGGUUCUAGAAUCAAAACACGUUAUCGGAGGUAAACCUAAAGUAGACGAAGUGUUGGACUUUGAACCAGACAGUCUUAUGUCUGUUAACGGAUCCGAGGAAUUCGAGAAAAUUUAUAAUGAAUAUUCUAAAAGCGAAGACACAGUCGACGCAGUAGAAGUAAAAAAUGUAGGGAUACAAGAAAUAGAUCGCCAUGAAGACUCAAUACUGUUAAUCGGUGUAGAUAGUGGUCCAUUACCAAAAACUGAAUUCAAUUUAAAAGAAGAAAUUCACAGAACCGCUAUAAAUGGUCACGACGUGUUUGAAGAUUUAAGGAAUACAAAAGAAAUGUCCAUUGACAGUCUCGAAAUGGAUAGAAUUCCGAACGAAAAAGAGUCGACAAAUACGCUGAGCAAUCACGAACGUGAAGGUGAAUAUGAAGAGACAGUAACGAUCCCAGUACAACGUUACGCUGAUAGUUUACGGAGGAAACAUUUUGAAGAUGAACCUCAAACUAAACCAGCAUCAAACGAAACCGAAGAUGAACUUAUGCCAGGAACCAUAGCUUACAGAGAGAGGAAAAAAUGGUUGAAUUAUGUCGAAAUGCCAAACAAUCCUUAUUCACCAGAAGCGAUCCAGAAGAGAUUGUUAGCGAAAAGUACAUCCUCCCUCUUCGAUAGUUUGACAUCUAAAAAUAAUUUAGACGAUAAGUUCGCUUCAGAUGAGGAAGUAACCAAAUCAACGGACGGUGAAGAUACAUAUAAAAAAAUUAAUUCUAGCCAAAGUACAGAAUGUUUGAAUGUUAACGAUCGUUCACCGAGUCCAUCGCCGAAAAUGUUAAAAGAUGUUUUGGCAGAAGAAGUUCCACAAUACAAACGUUACGGCAGAGAUUAUUAUAUUAAAGAAGCAAAACUUUCGUCAGGAGGACGAGAGAAGACGUUUAGCGAUACAAGUUCAAUAUCGAGUUCGAUCAACAAAUCGAGCAGCUUAGACAAUUUCGAUACUGAUUUCGCCUCCCCUGUAAGUGCCAGCAGCUCACUGAGCGAUCUGGAAGCCUGCGCCCUUCAUCAGAACAUCGUCCGCGCCGUAUUCAGCCCUAGAAACGCUAGCCCCAAUUUUGCCAUAAACCCCAUUUUCGAAAAUCCCAUAGAUUCCGAUGACAUUGCGUAUCGGCGCAACGUCAGCCGUGCCAAUGAAUUGCUAAUACAGCAAUUUAAUUCCAUUGCCGCUAAUCAAGACUAUACAAAAUUCAAUGGUAAAGAGUCGAACAAUAUAUCAGUAACGACAGUUCCAAUAGAGGGUAAAAAUGAAAUAUUAAUAGAAUACGAAGAUACGACUGAGGUAUUUGUUGCUAAACCGGUUAUGGUAGAGGAUCAGACGGACAGACAAUUCGAAGACAUACUUGACUCUGUUAACACAAGAACGCAGUCAACCGAACCAGAAAAAUCACCUACACGAAGUAUAGAAAAUUCAUAUAGUUCCAGCAGCAUUGAAGAUUCAAUCAAAAUAUAUAAUAUUCAAACGGGCGAGAUAGUAAAAUGCAAACCAGAAGAUAAGGUAUCGCGAUACGAGUGUGACGAAAACGACAAUAUACACUCAGUUGAUAACAAGAUCUCCGGCGAAAUUAUCGAUAGGCUCAGUCAAAACGUUCAACUGCGCGACGACGCCGGCGUCGAACCAGAUCUGAAACAGUCAGAAAGUAAACUCGAAAAAAUCAGUGAAAUAGACGAAAUAUUACCGCAAUUACCAAAAGUGAAGGAACUCGCGAAAAAGUUUGUCAGCAUGGACAAUCUUAACGAACCUACUAAGCCACCACACCAACUAUGGCGGCAAAGGAGUAAAGAGAACCUUCUCGAUACAAAAGAUAAGUCGAAACAGUUAUACAUGCACAGUCUUACAGCUAGAAGCAUUUCCAAACAAUUUCGCGAAGAACUAAAAUUAUCUAAGCCUACAAGCAUAAAGGUUCCCGGAGGAGCCAACGAAAUCCCUGAAGGUGCAGACGAGGUUGUUAAGGAGCAUAGUCCAGAAAGACCGCCCAGCCCAGUCCCCACGCCUGGCACUAUUAAGACAAAAUUAGCCUUUUUUGAAAGUUUAAAAUCUAAGUUUAGCAGCAAAUAG